CGUUAAAGACUCGCUUCCCCUUCCGGCUGGUGAUCUGUGGAAUUUACCGGCUGCUGUCACUAUGGGAGCAGCGAGGGAAGAGCGGUGGAGUUUAUUGUGGGCAACAGUUGCUGCAUUUAUUCUUGCUGUAGAUGCAUCUUUUGUAGAAGACUUAGAUGACUCGUUUAAAGAGAAUCGUAAAGAUGACAUCUGGCUUGUAGAUUUUUAUGCACCGUGGUGUGGCCAUUGCAAGAAACUAGAGCCAGUGUGGAAUGAAGUUGGUAAAGAGAUGGGAAGCACUGGUUCUCCAGUAAAAGUUGGGAAGAUGGAUGCCACUUCCUAUUCUAGUAUUGCCUCUGAAUUUGGAGUUCGAGGCUAUCCAACAAUUAAGCUAUUAAAGGGUGACUUGGCAUAUAACUAUAGAGGACCUAGAACCAAAGAAGAUAUUAUUGAGUUUGCAAACAGAGUAGCAGGACCUAUUAUUCGACCUCUCCCUAGCCAGCAGAUGUUUGAGCAUGUGCAAAAGAGGCAUCAUGUAUUUUUUCUGUACGUUGGUGGGGAAUCUCCAUUAAAGGAAAAAUACAUAGAAGUUGCCUCCGAACUAAUUGUGUAUACAUAUUUCUUUUCUGCCUUGGAAGAGGUAUUUCCUGAGAAUGUAACACUGCCUGAGAUGCCAGCUGUUCUUGUCUUUAAAGAUGGAACUUACUUUGUAUAUGAUGAAUAUGAAGAUGGUGAUUUAUCAUCCUGGAUAAACAGAGAAAGGUUUCAGGGAUAUCUUCAUGUAGAUGGAUUUACACUGUAUGAACUUGGUGACACAGGGAAACUUGUGGUUAUUGCAAUUAUUGACGAUAGAAACGUUUCGGUUGAACAUACAAGGUUGAAGUCUGUUGUUCAGGAUGUUGCUAGAAAUUAUAGAGACCACUUUCAUAGGAACUUUCAAUUUGGCCAUAUGGAUGGAAAUGAUUAUAUUAAUAGCUUACUUAUGGAUGAUGUGAAAAUUCCCAGUGUUGUUGUGUUGAACACAUCCAAUCAACAGUAUUUUCUACCCCAUAAACCUAUAGAAAGCACUGAAGAUAUGGUACAAUUCAUCAAUGAAAUCUUGGAAGGCACUGCAGAAGCACAGGGUGGAAAUGGAAUUCUUCAGCGAAUCAAGAGAAUAAUAUAUGAUGCCAAGUCUACUGUGGGAUCUGUUUUCAAGAGUUCCCCGCUUUUGGGUUGCUUUCUCUUUGGUCUACCACUGGGUGUCAUCAGCAUCAUGUGUUAUGGAAUUUGUACUGCUGACACUGAGGGAGGGUCAGAUGAAACAGAGGCAUCUAAGAAGGAAACUACAGGCAGAGAUCUGACUGAUGAAGGCACUGAAGAAGAACAAGAGGAGGAAAAUGAUGAAAAACCUGUAGAAAUACCAGAUGGAGAGGAGGAACCGAAAAAUAUAUUAGAAAAGAAAAAAGAUUAAAUUGUUUUACUGAAUGUUUUUUUCCUUCUGUAGAAUUUCAAAAUAGAGACUUAUUUAUUGAAUUCAGUUACUUAUCUACCUGUGGUCUUCAAAAAUGAGGAUAUUUUUGUUUUAUGUGCAUGCAUACAUAUUCCUUGGCUUUGAAGAGGUAUGGGUGGAAGUCUGGAUUUUUAGGUCUCUUACUAUUUUUAUCCUGCUGAAAAGAAAUCAGAUUACAGAAUGUACAUAGAUUAUUUAACAUGGAUGCACACUGUGGUUGGAUUUUUAAACAGUGAUAUUUGUUGUGUUCUAACUUCUGACCCUUGUGGUAAAAGACAAUUCUACCAGCAUGGCCAAAGUAGAUCAGGCUAUUCUAUAAAAUAUACAGGAAAGCAGGGAUGUUCUCAGCCUGGGGUGAAGUAUAUAAAUAUUGCUGAACUUUAGAAAGAUGUAAUAGGAAACAUUUCUUUGAUAUACAGUGGUGCCUCGCUAGACAGUUACCCCGCACGACAGUUUUUUUCACUAGACAUUGACUUUU